CCGCGACGUCACUUCCGGAUUCCCCUCCCCACUACUUCCUGCAUGUGCCUUCAAUAUGGCAGCGCCCUUAGCGAUUCACCUGGAGUUUGGUGGUGGAGCAGAGCUGCUUUUCAAUGGUGUAAAGGAACAUCAUGUGGAUCUUCCAAGCCAAUCGGAACCUUGGGAUGUGAAGCAGCUGCUGGUCUGGAUCCAACGGAACCUGCUGAGGGAACGUCCCGAGCUCUUUGUCCAGGGAGAUUCUGUGAGACCUGGGAUACUGGUGCUUAUCAAUGAUGCUGACUGGGAGCUAAUGGGGGAGCUGGACUACCAACUACAAGACCAAGACAACGUUGUGUUUAUUUCUACUCUUCACGGGGGAUAGCGAAUGAACGAGGAAUGCGCAGUGCAACACACCCUUCUUCCUCCACCACCUCUGCUCUCUUCACUCCCUCCCCCACCACCACAUCUUAACAACACAACCACUCAAUUGGUCGCUGUGGACUGCCACCACCGGCAGGUCGGACCGGGAUCGAUGCUCGGUCCAAGUUCAGAGAAGAUUACCGAGAGAAACGGGGAUUCUGGACCGAACAGGUGUGAAGGGCGCUGUAUGAAGCUCUGGUUACUGGCCAGCUCCCAGGUGUGAGUGUAAAUACCUGCCUUUGGUGUUUAGACUUCAUCUCCUUAUCUUAGGGUCUACAACCACCUUCAGCAAUAUGAGAUGAAAGGUUGCACUUUGCUUAAACAAUUAGUAUUAGUAUUACAAGGGGAGGGGGUGUUUAUAUUAUAAUAUUUGUCAAUAUUGCAUAUUCCUUCUGGAUGUAUAUUUUUCAUCUGUUUUAUUUGUACUCCAAAAGCAAGUUGUUGGAUGGUUCACAUUGGGUUACAUAUUCCUGUUUCCAUGUCCAUGUCUAUAUCCAUGUUUUAUGGUUUGUUAUACACUGUUAAUUAAAAUACUCGGACCAGGUUGGGGUUUUUUGAUUGAUGUGAAUUGAUUUUCCUCAAAAUAUGCUUUAUUCUUACAAUUGUUUGCUAAUUUUCCUCUCAAAAUGAAAUAAGACAUUAAAAGUUUUUUUGUUAAAAAUAUCUGACUUUUGUAUUUUUUUUUAACAGUUCGAUUCUUUUAUUUUUAUCUUAAUAAACCCAUAGCUUUAGAUUACUUACCCGUGGCAUUAUAUUUUAUUAAAUGUCUA